AUGGCGCAUCAAAUGGAACUGGUGCCCAUGCAAAGAUCCCAGACGGAUAUUAGUGAAGGCCAAAUGAAACAUAUUGCUAUAGAAAAAGCUAACAAAGCUAUAAAUACCAGAUUCAGUGGCAAUGUUGAUUACGAUAUGAUGCUUGUAAUGUUCAAGGAAAGUUUUCUUAAAAAAUGGGAAAAAAUGACACCAUCUCCGGACACGGGUGUGCAAGGCUUCGAUGAAUUGGCUACGAUUGGAUUAGGCUCGUUUGGUAGAGUGAAAUUAGUGCGCGAAAAAUCGACGGGUAAUUACUAUGCUGCCAAAUUUGUGCUGAAAGAAAUGGUCGUUAGAACGAAACAAGUGCCACAUAUAUUCAAUGAGAAACGCGUGCUACUCAGCAUAGAUUUCCCUUUUGUCGUUAUGAUGGAAUUUUGUCGAAAGGACUUUGAUAACUUAAUCUUCGGCUUGCCGUUCAUAAAUGGCGGCGAACUUUUUACCUAUCAUCGCAAGGUGCGUAAAUUUUCUGAGAAACAAGCACGUUUUUAUGCCUCACAAGUGCUGCUUGCUUUGGAAUAUCUGCACAAUUUGCAAUUGCUGUAUCGCGAUUUAAAGCCAGAGAAUUUAUUGAUUGAUAAGAGAGGCUAUCUCAAGCUUACAGAUUUUGGUUUUGCUAAGAGAGUGGAAACACGUACGCUGACAUUGUGUGGCACACCGGAAUAUCUGGCACCUGAGAUAAUUAAAUCCAAACCCUACUCUACCAGCGUCGAUUGGUGGGCCUUCGGCGUAUUAAUCUAUGAAUUCGUGGCUGGCAGUUCCCCAUUUGCCGAAUACAAUCGGGACAUGAUGGGAAUGUAUGGUAAAAUUUGUGAUGGCACUUACAAAAUACCACAAAUGUUUCCACCAGCGCUAAAGGACUUAGUUCAACGAUUAUUGAUUGUAGAUCCCUCAAAAAGACUCGGUUGUAUGGCUAAUGCACAGAAGGAUAUUAAAAAUCACGAAUGGUUCAAAGGCAUCGAUUGGUAUGGUCUAUUAAACCAACAAAUAUUGCCACCUUAUGUACCAGUUAUCACAAAUAUGGAAGAUCUUUCGAAUUUCGAUAAGUAUACUGAAGAUAAAAAGUCUACAAAAUCGAAAUCAAAUAAAUAUCCGGAAAAAUUCGCUGAGUUUUGA